CUAGCGCACGCGUCUUGACCUGCGUCCACCACCAUCGCCUUUCGUUAAACCUCACACAAAAAGUCGUACUCGUUUUCGCUGAGCACGAUGUCCACCACUCAGUUCGACAAAAUAUACCACGGACUGUCCCCGGAAGUUGGGAAAUUUCGCAUUGCCAACAGUGGGAUGGCUUGGAAAGGAGAGGAAAACGAGAAAGUCAUCGCGUUGCCCUCCGGUGACAUCAAAUGGGCUCAAUGGUUUCGUGUUGCAAGAAACUUCCAGCUUAGAGUAGGGUUGAAGGACAGACGGAGAGAAACGUUCGACGGGUUCAUGCGAGAGGAUCACGACAAACUGGCUAACUUGCUCAAGCAAUACUUCGCGGUGACACUGGAGGUGAAAGACGUUACAUUCAAGGGGUGGAAUUGGGGUGUAACGGACAUCCAAGGCCAGGACCUCGCCUUCUUAGUAUCGAACAAGACAGCUUUCGAGCUGCCGCUUAACCAAGUGGCGAACUCCAACAUUGCUGGGAAGACUGAGGUUUCGUUGGAGUUCGCUUCUUCGGCAUCGCCAGGCAAGAAAUCAUCGCGAAAUGCUCCGGACGAGAUGACAGAAAUUCGAUUCCACGUACCCGGAACUCACGUACGUGUCCGAGGGUCCGACGCGGGUUCACAGAAAUCGGACGAUGAAGAGGGUGAAGAAAUGAGCGCAGCUCAGGCUUUCCACGAUGCGAUCAAAGAGAAGGCUGAAAUUGGCCAAGUCGCUGGAGAUCUCGUGCUAAGCUUCGAGGAGGUUCUUGUGCUAACGCCUCGCGGGCGCUACGAUUUGGAUAUGUCUAUCGAAUUCCUACGAUUGCGUGGAAAGACGUACGACUACAAGAUUCUCUACUCAAGCAUAUCAAAAUUGUUCCUUCUUCCAAAGGACGACCAACAUGUCCUGUUCAUACUCGGUUUGAGUACACCUAUUAGGCAAGGGCAGACUAGGUAUCAGUACUUGGUUAUGCAGUUCGCCAGGGAAGAAGAAACAACAGCCGAGCUUAACUUGUCAGAAGAAGAGAUAGCCAAGUACGACAAACUAAAGAAACACUACGAAGACCCCACGUUUGAGGUUGUCUCUGGUGUGUUCCGUGCUCUCUCAAAGAAAAAGAUCAUCGGUUCUGGCGCCUUCCAGAGUCGCGGCGGUCAUCCAGGCAUUAAAGCCAACUUCAAAGCAGUCCAGGGUGAUCUCUUCAUGCUCGAGAAAUAUAUUUUCUUCGUCUCCAAACAGCCGAUGCUCAUCGAACUUUCUGACAUUCACCAAUGUGUCUUCUCCCGUGUCGGUGCCAGCAUGGGCGCAACCGCAGCGCGUACUUUUGAUCUCAAGAUCAUCACCAAGAGUGGACCAGAAUAUACGUUCACGUCCAUCAACAAGGAGGAACAUGAACCAGUCGAAAGCUACCUCAAGGACAAGAAGAUUAAGUUGAAGAAUGAAAUGGUACCGGAUGUAGAUUUACUCGCAGCUGGUGCUGGAGACUCCGACGAGGAGAUGCAGAGUGUGGCGAGCAGUGGGGACGAGCAGCCGAGACCGAGGAUUGGCGGCGAUGAUGAUGAUAGCGAAGAAGACGAAGACUUCGAAGCAUCAUCUAGCGAUGAAGGGUCGCCUACAGAGAGUGAAUCUGAAUCUUCUGGCGGAGGCGUUACUGCAUCGGAUGCAAGUGGUGACAGGGAACUCGCGAAGGGAAGCAAAGCGAAGAAGCUUACGAAAAAGAAGGCAAAGACAAAAGAGAAAGGCAGCGAUGAUGAGGACGACGAUGACGGCGAGAAAACCAAGAAAGCAUCUGCGAAGUCCAAAGCUAAACCGGCCAAACCUAAGAAAGACGAUGAUGCGAUGGACGUCGACGAUGAGAGGCCUAAGCCUAAACCAAAACCAAAGCCCAAGGUGAAGUCAACUGCCAAGGAUGACGAGGAUGGUCCAGCGAAGAAGAAACAAAAGACAUCGGCUUAAGGUCUACACUCCGUGUUUAGCUCACUAUUUCGUGUUUUUCUAUAGAUUCGAUCAAUGUAUGUAGCGGUAUAAUAAAUACGCCAAAUAUCCGAUAUAAUACUCGAAAGGUU